CAUCUGUGCGCAUGCUCAACAGAUGUUGCUGCCGUAACUAGACAGAAGCAAGGAGCAGCAGCCACACCGAAGAUGGUUUAUUUCCCUUUUAUCUAAUCUACAUCAACCAAUAGCUGCUCAAAAUGAAGUUUCCUUACCCAUCGCUUCGUGAGGAUACGAUGAGAUGGUGUCUCAUGCUGCAUUAGUGGAAGCGUGACAUGCUGGCCUGUUUGCCAGCAUCAGGUGACCCUACCAUCCGACUUCUUCCCCAUGCGCAGAUGAACACUGGACUUCAGAGAUGGGAAACUACACAGAAGAUGAGAUCUGCCAGCUAUCCAACCCCAGCCCAGUUGGAUGCCUAUGCUAAAAAAGUUGCCAACAACCCUUUGACUAUCCAAAUCUUCCCAAAUAGCGUCAAAGUACCUCAGAGAAAACACAUACGUCGCACAGUCAACGGACUCGACACGUCCUCGUCUGGCCAGCGUCAUAGUCCUUACCCGUCUCAGAUUAGCGCUAGCGGUGGCCUUCUGGCUGUCCUCCGUGCACCUGUCAAAGGUAUCAUCAAAGAAGCAGGCGGUAUCCGCAACCGACACCAUAAGGCAGUCAUGAACCCUCAAACCGGGCCGUAUGCCUCUCAGAGCACUUUAAAUCCGCCUCAUCCAGCGGUUUCUCAACUACCGGGACCCCCGCAGCCUUCUGGCCAAAAGCAGGGCAUGCUUCAUGCACAGGCAUUGCAACAGCAGCAGAUAUUAAGCCAUUCAAGGGCUUUACAGCAGCAGCAGCAGCAUCACCCACAGGCUCUGCAGCAAAGGAACAUGACUCAUUCACAAGCUUUACAACAGCAGCAGCAAGGCCUGUCGCAGGUCCAGGUCACCCAUCAACAAAAACUGUCUCAUCAACAAGGUAUCCAGCGACAGCAAAGCCUGCCUCACAGCCAGGCUCUGCAGCAGCAGGACCCCUCGUGUCCGUCAGUCAUGCCACAGAAGCAUCUUUCUCAUGUGCAGACGAUGAAACACCAAACCAUUCCUCCACAAGCUUUACUGACACAGCAGGGAGUGACUCAGGAUCUGCGCCUUAUAUCUGAUGGAGCUCAGCUUCCCAGCAUGCGGCACUCUCAGGGGCUCGCUGCCUCACAGGCCCUUCCCCAGGCUGUUGCUGUAGCCCCUCCCACCAUAUCUAACAGCCUCCAUCACCCCCAGCAGGGACACUAUGCCCCACGGAAGCUCCCGGAUGCAGAUGCUCCACCAAAUGUAACAGUAUCUACCUCCACCAUCCCACUGUCGAUGGCUGCCAGCCUGCAUCAGAACCGGCCCAGUGACCUGAGCAGCAUUGUGCACCAGAUCAACCAGCUGUGUCAAGCUCGGGCCGGCCUGGGCACCACCUCGGUCUGCGAGGGCCAGAUUGCAAACCCCAGCCCCAUCAGCCGAAACCUACUGAUCAACGCCAGCUCCAGGGUGUCCUCCCAUCACCCGUCUCUGAGCAACGCUCCCAGCUGCCACCUGGUGACACACCCAGACAAAGCUCCGGCUCCCACCACUAGUGCUGCUCUGCACUCGCAGCCUAGCUUGGCUGCUAAUAACAGUAUGACUGCUUUUCAUGGAGACAACGAGAAGGUACAACUGCAGAUUCAGCAGCAUUUGCAGCAGCAGCAGCAGCAGCAACAUUUACAGCAGCUGCAGCAGCAGCAGCGCUCCUGGGCCCAGCAUCAGCUGGCUCACAUGCAGCAGCCCCCUGAAGGGGUCCAUCCCUGCAAGAACCCAAGGAUGGAGCCCCCGGCUGAGUGUGCUUUCCCCUCGCGAAACCUCAGCUACUCUCACAAGCUGCCCAACACUGGACAGAGUUUUCCUUUGAAGCAUCACAGAGAGAAACCGCCCCCCUCUCCUGUCAGCUGCUCCUUGGCUUCCAUGCCUUACACAAACGGCCAGUACAUGCAGGCACCGUGGAAUAGCAUCCCGACCACCACAGGCAGCAAUGGGUCGUGUCCUCAGGACGUUUCUGUGUUCCUAGGAGGGCAGAAUGCCUCAUCUGCAGACCGCAUCCCAGGGGCAAAAUACAGGCCUGGGGCAGAUGCUGCCCCCGGCCAGGCAAAGUUGAAGCAGAGAGCGGACUUCCUCGGUGGAGACUUUCAAAUGCCCGGCUUUCAGGGGCAAAACAUGGAUGUGAUCGAGAAGCUUCACAGGUCAUCUAUGAGCCAAGUUCAGGAGACCAGCAAUAGCGGAGGGGUCCCCAUUCAUCACUCUGGCUACCGUUAAAGUGAGCUUCAAAGCCAGUUUAGUGGUUUUUUUUGUUUUGUUUGUUUUUAACAGCACUUUGAGAGCUUCUGUGUUUCGUUCUUCUAAACCUUGCAAGUUGAUUUGUAUCACUGGUUCAGAAAGCCACAAGGUUGCAGUGUUUUCUAGUGUUGCUCAGGUCUUAAACCAAGUCACACCUUUGUGGAACAUGAAGGGUUUGGAUGUGUGUUUUUUUUCACCACUAGCAUGAACGCGCUGCUCUUUCCUCACAUGUGAAAAUGCAUUUUCAAUCAUGGAUGAGAACACCGUUUCCUGUUCGCUGCCUGGCCUUUCAAGGGUUUGCCACGGGAAUCGUCCGCAUUUUUGUGGCCUUACAUCUGCCAAAAGAGGAGCUUCAGGCUGUGUGUGCAGCGUUUGUUCGCACCUCAUUUUCCUCCCAACAGGCUGUGAUCCAUAAGAAGGUUGCAUGGAUUUGCAAUGACACCCUGCUUCUCAAACUCCAGUGUAAGCCACAACCUGUCUUUCUGGACUGUAGGAUAUUUUCUAUUGUUCAGUUUUAAAUAAUAUUUUAAGAGUUGGUUUUAAAGUAGAUAUUUUAUUAUUUUUUUCGUUCUUUAGCUAUAGAUUUUCCUACUUGAAUUGUAGAAACUAUUUGGAAGUGUUGCGCUGAAAAUUUUGGCACGAGGAGCGUCUGCUCAGUCAGCCCUUAGUUUAUAGCUAAUGUGAAGCAGGAUAGCAUCCCAUCAUUACUGAAAAUUGUAUGUGUGUGUGUGUGUGUGUGUGUGUGUGUGUGUGUGCGAUGACUUGUAAACAUGCAAGUGCUUCAAAUAACGCAAGCAGGGAAAAUAUUCGCCCAUUUUACAACCACCUUACUACUGUAAUGCAACCGUACUGAUGUGCUGUGGACGGAUUUACUCGUCGACUUACCGAUUUACUAAAGAACUUUGAGCUUGUUAGGCUUUCAUUUGAUUUAAAAAAGUCUCUGAUAUUUUUCUUCAAUCUCUUAGGCUUUCUGGAGGGGAAAAAAAGCCUUAAAUGCCACAGAAGUCAGGUUCCAGUUGUUCCUCAUCUGGAUCCCACCUUUAAACUUUAUGUUUGGAUUAGUUCUGGCCGUUUCAUUAAGAGUCUACAGAUGACGGCCUUAAUCAGACUAAUCAGGACGCUUAGCUGAGGAAUAAACAAACCAUUCUGCAGUUUUUACUGUUAAAUGUCCUUUUUUUGGGGGGUUUUCAGCUCAGAUUAACAACUACAGCGUUUUAGCAUCAUAGAAAUGUAUGUAGACCAGGGCUGUAGCUGUUGCUUUGAAGUGUUUGGGUUGUAUUUUAGUUGAGCCUCAUGCUGGUGUUUCUUUCCUUUUCCCUGAACAUUGCACCCUAAAGCCAUAGUCGCAGUAGGUGCCAUCGUUGAAAUGCAUCGAGGCAGAUGGGAAACCGGCACUCCACAGCAUCAACGCUUUAAAAUGUCUCCCGGAGCUAAAAGCUGUUGACCUUUCAUGAAGAUCCUGAGACACGAAUUACGGCUGUUGAGGAGUUUCUGCAUCAUACUUGAUAGAAGUGAUUGUCUUUUCUGGCUUUUUUAUUUUUAUUUUUUUUGGUGUGCCUGUUCCUUGAAGCUGCUAUAGAACUAAAUCAACACACAUAGUGUGAUUAGUGUGUCUCUAUAAAUAAUCAUGGGCUUUAUCGGUAAAAAUAACUUCUUAUUUAUUAGUUGAAAGCGGCGCAAACUGCCCGCACCUAUGAGUUUGGCUGUUUUUUAGGCACAAUUGGAACAUUUUCUGUAAAUAUUAACUGACCAGUGUUCAGGGGGGUGGAGCGGUUAUCCGAAGUCCGACCCCGUCUGGCUUCCUUCCGUCAGACCAAACAAGUCAAAACACUAACAAGUUUGCGGCGCGCGUCGUUUGAACUGCCUCGAUAACGCCCGACGGUCAGGUCCUACUGUUUCAUAUGAAGUGCCUACACUGGGCUUAGUAUGGAGACUUGUAUGUGUGUGAGGAUUUUUGUGUGCGCGUUUGUAAAGCUUGGAUACAAACGUGCACAAAGUGGAUCUCUCUGGGGGACCAAGCUACUUUGUGUAACUACUGAUACUGUGUCCUGGACUUGAAGUCCUGAAGUGUGCCACGAUUCCUCGACACUGUCGGGAUGCGUCAACCGUUUGCUGCUGACUCACUGACCAAAGUGACCAAGCAUCCCUCCCCAACCACCCUGUGAAAGCAAUGACAAACCACAUACUGGGAGCUUUUGUUCUCAACCGUAAGAAGCAACAUUUUUUGAGACUUUAAGGACAACCGCAGGCUUCAUUUAGACGGUUUCGGGAAAACCGUACGAGUUAAAAAAAUGCAGAUAGUGGGCGGAGCACGACAGAAAAUAUAUUUCUGUGCAGUGCACCCCAGUUUGUGUGUGAUUGUUUUAUUUUUGCUUUCUUCAAUAAAGAUACUGAAGGGUCCUUUCUAACCAAAACUGGGGGUUUAUGGCUUCAUUUUCCCAACUUCUUGUGACGCUGAAGUCUGUUGAACCACUGUACGUGCUCGUAUGCAUUGUAUGAGUCCGAUGUAGAGCCGGGGCACCGGAGAGGAACAGUCCCCCAAAUGUGUUUGCUCUGAUGUGACGGUCCGUUUAUGCUACGAAUGGUGGUGGAGGGGGCUGACUUUCUCUACUUUGUGAAAAUGUGAUCCUCCCUAACCUUCAGGAAUAAAAUGUCUUGCACAAACAUUCCCCUUAACCAAAAUAAAACUUUGGAAACC